GUGAAUGAGCUGAAACGCCAAUCAAGGGUUCCAGUGUGGGGGGGACCUUUGGAAAAACAGAAGACCUCUGAAAUCCAGUAUGAUGAAGGAUACAUUAACUCGCUGAGUGAAAAACGUCCAUUGCCAACAAAUGGUGAAGUAGCGCUGGCGGAUGUGGAAGAUGAUGCUGUUCAGGAGGGGGAUAUCCUGAUGCCUCGUGACAGAAAUGCAGUGAGUACGUUGUGGCCAAAAGUGGGUCAGAAUGUGCAAGUGCCGUAUGAAAUCGAUGUACUUCUUGUGAAGGACCGGAUUACAGAUAUUACUGAAGCUUUAGCAAUGAUCAGUGGCAAGACGUGCAUUAAAUUUCAUCAGCGUACUGUUGAAACGGACUACAUGUACUUCUCUUACGGUGAAGGGUGUGCGUCUUAUGUUGGCUUUUUGGGGGGUGAACAGAGUAUUGUGGUUGGGCAGACGUGUCGUCCUGGAAACAUCUGCCACGAGAUCCUUCAUGCUCUCGGCCUGUACCACGAGCAUUCACGACUCGAUCGUGACCAAUAUAUUACUAUACUGUCUGAAAACAUUAUACCUGGGAAGGAAAAAAAUUUUCUGGCGAAAGAUGGAAACACUCUUGGCCUUCAGUAUGACCUGGAAUCUAUCUUGCAUUAUGGAAAUAAUUAUUUCUCAAGCAAUGGAGGACCUACAAUUGUGUCCAAAGACAGCAGUGUGACGAUCGGCCAGAGAACAAGGUUGACUGCGCUGGAUGUGCAGAAAAUCCGGAAGCUGUAUCAAUGUGCCGUUUGAGAAGAUAAGGGAAAAAUGACACUGACACCGCCAACCAUUAUCUUGGAUAUGGAUACUUUUCGAUUCAGGAAUUCUGAAGCUAGGAUGAGAAAUGAAUGUUUUUUUUUUUGGAAGCAAAAAGGAUCUUGAAGGUCGUCUUAUGUUCUUUUCUAUAUGUAUAUUGUAAAGUUAUUUAGAUAAAAGCUCAUCUCACGUCACUUUGUCAUGUUUCAUUUUGUCCAGUAGGUGGAGAUCAUUGUACAUUUUUUUUUCUUUCCUUUUGUGGAGAUUUUUAAAUGGUGAAUCAUUUCUUACCAGUUGAAUCAAGAGUAAGAGAACCUUACGCACUGAAACUAUGUGAAGCGCUAAAAUGUAAUGUAAUGCAAUCAGUGGUGUAGUCCUAACAAAAGUGAUGUACUAUACAACCUUAACCUGACCUCAAAUGGCCAAAAGACAAGGGAUAGUGUGUUUGUUUUUCUAGUUACAUAUUUCUGUUAUGCGUAAUUCUUCACUUAUGCUUUGAAUAUGAAGUUAUAGAAUUGGACAAACGGUUCUA